AUGGCGACCGAACGGAUCGGUCGGUUACGUGAUCGGUGGAUGUGCGACAAAUUGCUGUUGUUAGUGGUGCUGGCGGUACUGCUCGUACCGAGGCUAUCGUGUGAGGAUGCUGACCGUUCGGUACCAUUUCCGGGGCCAGCGGUUUACGCAACCGGCCACGGCACGCAAUCUGGCCCCGCGUUCGGCAGUGACCCAGCAGCUGAGCUGAUGCUGCCCAGCUACGAGUCGGUGCCGAUCUCGGGCGUCUACAAGUACGCGGACAACGUGUUCCGGGUGCCGAAACGGAAGGCGAAACUGUCGCACCCGGAAGUGACGUCCGCGAGAAAGUCGCAUUCGAACCGGUCCACGGGAACCGGUCGAUAUGGGGACUCGGUGGCGUACGCGAGUGGCCGAUCAGCGGCCUUUUUGGCUUCUCCUGGCUCAGAGCCGGUGGCUGGGCAAUCAGAGACCUUGUUCCAGCAGUUUGCCGGAUUGUUCGAUCAUGGCCGGUGGCAAGUGGCCGGGCUGAGAGGUCGCGUUGGGGAGCAAUGUGCGGCCCACGUCGGGAUGUAUUUGCGUGAUUUACGCCACCAGCGGGCUUGGGCGUUGAAAGCGAGUGACUCGAGCGGCCGGUACGGUGGUCAGUACUUCUUCGGAAACGAGUUCUGGAUGGGGUCACUGACGUUCUGCGACGAGGUGAACCGUGUCCUGCGCCACACCCCAAUGCCUCCCGGUGCGCGCCAACUCGAGAUGCGAUUUUUCGUCGCCAAAAUCUCCGUCCAGCUCGAACGACUCCUUUCCACGCAGUCCAGCUCGAUCCUGCUGGGCCAAUGCCUGCCGAAAUCGUGCACAGUGGAUGACGUGACCGAGCUGUUGCGCAGCGAUCCGAUGUUGAACGUACUGAACAAUGGCACAGCCUCGGUGGAGGCACCACCCAGCCAUCCUGCUGGGCCCACCGCCCUGGCCGUCCAGCACGUGCGCCCCGUCCCCGGGAGCUACAAUCUGUGGAGUGACCCGAAAGUGUUUGCACUGUUCACGGUCCUGACGGUGCUGAGCGCGGUCAUAGCGUACGCUUCCUGCGGUGCCGGUUCGGACCGGAACGCACGCCGCCAGCAGGCGUCGAAGGCUCGCCGGUUGAAGGGAUCGGAUCGCACGACCGGACCGGAUGGAGCCCGCGGUGGCGAUGCCCUCGAGAUGCACAAAAUCAACGUCGAGAGUAACAACAACGUGUCGGGUGGAGCAUCGGGAGCACCGAACGGGGCUGGAGGACUCAGCAAGGACCGCAAAGGGACACGCUUCUCGCUGAACGACAUCCUUGCCUGCUUCGAUGUGGGACCGAAUGCGGCUGCGAUCCUGUCGGUGGAUCCCGCGAACGAGGAUGCACUGACCUGCGUGCAUGGGCUGCGAUUGUACUCUCUACUAUGGACGGUGUUGGUGCAUACGUACCUGCAGCUGUUUGCGGUGUCCGAGAAUCGCUUCGCGCGUAAGAUAGCCGAACGUUCGUUCCCGUAUCAGCUUGUCGGAAAUGCGACCUUCUCCGUGGACACGUUCUUCUUCAUCAGUGGGCUGCUGAUCGUGUACCUCUACUUGAAGUCAGUCUCGAAGCAAAGCACACCCACCCCUACUAAGAUGGCCAGUGGUGAGGGAGGUGAGAGUGCCCCCACGGGAACACUUCAUCGUGAAACGGGCCGAAACGGGUCCGGGAGCCUUGCCAGUUCUACGCGCAAGGUCGGAUUCUCGAUCGUGUACCGGUAUCUUCGGUUGACACCGGUGUACUGGUUUACGUUGGUGGCGAACGAGCUUAUCCUGAAGUGGACGUACGACCGGUCGGUGUUUACGCCCGGUAUCAUCGAUCACAUCACCUGCGAUCGGUUCUGGUGGAGGAACAUCUUCUACGUUAACAACUGGUACCCGUUCACCGAGAUGUGCAUGAUCUGGUCGUGGUAUCUUGCGAACGAUAUGCAGUUCUACGUUAUCGCGAUCGUUCUGCUCAUGAUCUCCUCCAGGAAUUUCCGGCUAGCAGUUGGGUUGCUGUUCUUGUGCCUGGGUGGAUCGUGGCUGCUCUCAAUCUAUUUCUCGUUGCACUAUCGCUACACGUACAAGGUGGCAGAUCCGUUCGAGUCCUUCGACAUCCUGUACGACAAACCGUGGCAGCGCAUUGGUCCAUACAUCGUCGGUAUGGUGACAGGAUACAUCCUGUACCGUCGUCCUACGGCUCCAAGGAUCGUGCCUCCACUCCGGUUACUACUGUGGACCCUCUCGACCGGUACGCUGAUUGCGUUAAUCUUUGGCGUCUGGAACGGUGAACUGAGCGUGCACUGGACGGCCUGGUAUGUCAGCGUGGGACACACCGGCUGGGGUCUGGCACUGAUGUGGAUCACACUGUCCUGCUGCUGGGGUUACUCGGACUUCGUAAACGGGCUGCUUUCGUACCGGGGCUUUUUCCCGCUGAGCCGGCUCGCCUACUGCACCUACCUGAUCCACCCGGUCGUCAUGAUGGCCACCUCGUUCCAGCUCGAGGCCCCGAUGCACCUCCAGCACGUCAUCAUCAUCACGGCCUUCUUCGGUAACGCGGUCAUCUCGUUCCUGAUCGCGUUCGUAAUGUCGCUGAUGUUCGAGGCGCCCGUCAUCAAGCUGCUGAAGCUGUUCCUCCAGAAGGGCCAGUGA